AUGGCGAGCACCAAGCUUGCGUUCCUGGCUGUCGCCGCCGUCCUGCUUCUGCAGGCGUCGUGGUGGUGCGGGGCCAACGGUGAUACGCCGGCGGUGAUGACGGUGACCUCAUUCGAGAACGACGGGAACGGAGGCGGCCCCGCGGCGUGCGACGGGACCUACCACUCGAACGGGGAGCCGCUCGUGGCGCUGCCCACGGCGCUGUACGCGGGCGGGAGCCGGUGCGGCAAGCAGAUCCGCAUCACGAGCACGCAGAGCGGGAUUUACAUGAUGGCCAAGGUCGUGGACGAGUGCGACGCCGACAGCUGCAAGGACAACAUGAUCAGCACGUCCAAGUUCGUCUGGGACGUGCUCGAGGUCGAUACCUACAUCGGCGAGGUUCCCAUCACCUGGUCUGACGCCUAA